GCACACAUACAUAACCAACCGGCACACACACGGCGCGCGAACAGGGGACGGCAUACCGCGCUGCUGGUGCCGGCGCCAUUAAAUCGCGAGUGCAUCACGGUUGGGAAGAAAUCCGGCGUAUUAUUUGGUCGCGCGUUUGACAUCUUAGUAACGAUUCCCAAUAGCCGAUUAAAGCAGUUCCGACGAUAUUGGAUAAUAAUGCCCAACAAGCGGUGCGGCCAUACGAUACCCACGGGAUAUUCGUCGGACAGAUUAAAAUCCUCUGUAACGUUUACUCCCUAUUCUCCGGCUCUACCCACUCCUGAACAAAAGAGCAACAAGGCAAAUUGCUUUUGCAUACAUUGAUGAGUGGCGCAGGCGAUCACGCCGGAAUUAACCUUGCGGCGUUUAAAUCCAUUUAGCUGCGCUUUGACUGUCAUCCGGCGGACGUUGUCGUGGACGUCGGUGGACGUUUGUGAUGCAUUCUGCGCAGUAUUUGAUCAUGCACUGGCAACUAUUCCCUGUUAUUUGGGAAUCUGUUGAAUCCGUUUAGCAUAUAAAUGUAUAUUUAUCUCGACAUCGUUAUCCCGUACAUAUAAAAUCUUCAUUCUACCGAAUUUCCGCAUCGACAGUAACAAAUUAGACGGUGUACGACAUGCGCCCAUCAUUAUCCGGCGUUUCCGGUUUGUGUACCUUAAGCUUGUUUGUAUUGUGCAUGUUUGGACGGCUGACUGCGAUAUGGGGAAAAGUUAAAAGCGAGAAGGAAUUUGUGGAGGCGAAGCAGUAUUUGAUCCGUUCUAUUACAGCAUUAGACAGGUUGGCGUGGUUUCUGGAACAUCAUUACGAGCAGGGAAACUUGGAUCUUUUUAUUGGAACACGUAUUGCCGAAGGUCAACUCGCCAGUCUGUUGAAGCGUAUUGAUGAAGAUAAGAAAAGCGUGGAUAUUCCCUUAUCGGAAGACUUGCAUCAUCGACUGCGCAUCCUUCGAGAGCGGCUGGAUUUCAUUACGAACAGAGGCACCGAGAUUGUGGAGAAGAAUGAGCCAGAUUACUUUCAGCGAAUCGGCGGCGUACUUCGCAAGGGGCUUUGGGAAAUCGACUAUGCGGCGUUAAAAACGCUUAAUAAAAGCCUAAUUAUUCAUGUCCAAGAGACGGAGAAACUCAAAGAAUCCCAGUCGGAUGACUGCAUAAAUCAGAUUUUGGGUAGCACACAAAAUGGCGGUUGCACGAUUCCUUCAAAUUGCUGGAAUAUCAUGACGAUGCCGGGGUUAUAUGGCUACUCACUGACACAUCAAAUGUUUCUGCUGGAAAUAUCGGCAAAGGCUGGUUGUGGGAACGAGCUUCGCCGCCGGGCUGCCGCAUCUGGCGAAACUCUAACCGAUAUUGCGAACCGCAUCUGUGCCAAUGUUUACGGACAAGCAAAAGAAAUCGCAGCAAACGGUUAUCCUCUCUCAAAACACGACAUUUUCAUCGAACAAAUUGCACUGUGCGGCAUCCUCGGCUAUGGAAACUUCUUCAAAAGCGCCUGGCUAGAUCACAUUUUAAAAUGGCAACAAGCCGAAGGAUGUUAUGGAAUGGGUGAACCGGUAAAAAAGUCAAUUAGUUCCAGCAGCGCCGACGCACUGCCGCCGAGCAGCAAAUGGACGCAACAUGGACUGCGCUUGAAACGUCAGGAAAAGCGGAUGCAAGAUAACUGUUCGGCACAUCGCACGGCUGUGGCCGCGGCCGCGCUUGGCGCCUACAUCAAGUUUCUGGUGUUAUUCGCAUCCGGAAGCAUAUAAUCGACGGGAAAUUUUGCACACGUGUGAUGGAGUUGAGGUUUCAAAUCGUGUGUCAUGCAGAACAAGAAGUGUUAUAACGAGGUUUAUUUUUGUUCUUCCUCAUCGCUUUUAUUCGUACGAUUUUAUUGACUUAAUUGUUAUAAUUAAGUGUUCGCGCACAUCAUCGAUAUAAAUAAAGUAAAGUGUGACCGA